GGAGGCGGCGCUGGCUGGCGGCUGCGCUCGCUCCAGUCGGCGAGCGGAGCAGCGAGCGAGCGUGUGUGUGUUUUUUAAAGAUGGCCGGAGCGGCGGCGGCGGUGGCCGCGGGAGCAGCAGCUGGAGCCGCCGCGGCAGCCGUGUCGGUAGCGGCUCCGGGCCGGGCCUCGGCGCCCCCACCGCCCCCGCCGGUGUACUGUGUGUGCCGGCAGCCGUACGACGUGAACCGCUUCAUGAUCGAGUGCGAUAUCUGCAAGGACUGGUUCCACGGCAGCUGUGUUGGCGUAGAAGAACAUCAUGCUGUUGACAUUGACCUAUAUCACUGUCCGAACUGUGCAGUUCUACAUGGUUCCUCCUUGAUGAAAAAGAGGAGGAACUGGCACAGGCACGACUACACAGAAAUUGAUGAUGGUUCCAAACCAGUGCAGGCUGGAACUAGAACUUUUGUGAAGGAAUUACGUUCUCGAGUCUUCCCAAGUGCCGAUGAAAUCAUUGUAAAGAUGCAUGGCAGCCAGCUGACACAAAGAUACCUGGAGAAACAUGGAUUUGAAGUCCCUAUUAUGGUCCCCAAAUUAGAUGAUCUAGGACUCAGGCUCCCUCCACCUACUUUUUCUGUUAUGGACGUGGAACGUUAUGUAGGUGGUGACAAAGUGAUAGAUGUCAUUGAUGUGGCAAGGCAGGCAGACAGCAAAAUGACACUUCACAAUUACGUUAAAUACUUCAUGAAUCCUAACAGACCAAAAGUGUUAAAUGUGAUCAGCCUUGAAUUUUCAGAUACAAAGAUGUCUGAAUUGGUGGAGGUUCCUGAUAUAGCCAGAAAACUUUCCUGGGUGGAAAAUUAUUGGCCUGAUGAUUCAGUCUUUCCCAAGCCAUUUGUUCAGAAAUACUGCUUAAUGGGAGUUCAAGACAGCUACACAGAUUUCCACAUUGACUUUGGUGGGACUUCAGUUUGGUACCAUGUCCUCUGGGGCGAGAAGGUUUUUUAUUUGAUAAAGCCAACAGAUGACAAUUUGGCACUCUAUGAAUCUUGGAGUUCAUCUGUGACCCAGAGUGAAGUGUUCUUUGGAGAUAAGGUGGAUAAAUGCUACAAAUGUGUGGUAAAGCAGGGACAUACCUUAUUUGUUCCUACAGGGUGGAUUCAUGCUGUGCUCACUUCUCAGGACUGUAUGGCUUUUGGGGGGAACUUUCUGCACAACCUUAACAUUGGCAUGCAGCUCAGGUGUUAUGAGAUGGAAAAAAGGCUAAAAACACCAGAUCUUUUCAAAUUCCCUUUCUUUGAAGCCAUAUGUUGGUUUGUAGCCAAAAACUUGCUGGAGACCCUAAAAGAACUGAGAGAAGAUGGUUUCCAGCCUCAGACUUACCUAGUACAGGGAGUGAAAGCGCUGCAUACUGCUUUAAAAUUAUGGAUGAAAAAAGAACUUGUAUCUGAACAUGCCUUUGAAAUUCCAGACAAUGUUAGACCUGGACAUCUUAUUAAAGAACUUUCUAAAGUAAUUCGAGCAAUAGAGGAGGAAAACGGCAAACCAGUUAAAUCUCAGGGAAUUCCUACUGUAUGUCCAGUUUCACGAUCCUCAAAUGAAGCAGCUUCCCCAUACCAUUCCCGACGAAGGAUGCGGAAACUUCGAGAUCAUAAUGUCCGAACUCCUUCUAACCUAGACAUCCUGGAGCUCCACACGAGGGAGGUGCUCAGAAGACUGGAGAUGUGUCCCUGGGAAGAGGACAUUUUGAGCUCUAAACUGAAUGGAAAAUUCAACAAACAUCUCCAGCCAUCUUCCACGGUACCUGAAUGGAGAGCGAAAGAUAAUGAUCUCCGGUUACUGCUGACAAAUGGAAGGAUAAUUAAGGAUGAGAGACAACCCUUUACAGAUCAGAGUCUCUAUACAGCAGACAGUGAAAAUGAAGAGGAUAAGAGAAGGACAAAAAAGGCAAAAGUGAAGAUGGAAGAGAGCUCAGGAAUAGAGGGGGUGGAGAAUGAAGCGUCUCAGAAACCACUUAACAGGCUUUUAACAAGUGUGAAAUCAGAACUCAGGAAUCGAUCAUCAGAAUAUUCUGAUAUCUCUGAUUCAGAAGACUCUGGACCUGAUUGCACCGCACUGAAAAGUAAUUUUACCACUGAAGAGUCUGAAAGUUCAGGUGAUGAAAAGAAACAAGAAAUUACAUCAAACUUUAAGGAAGAAUCUAAUUUGAUGAGGAGCUUCCUUCAAAAGAGCCAGAAGCCGUCUAGGAGCGAAAUUCCAGUUAAAAGGGAGUGUCCUACCUCGACGAGCACAGAGGAAGAAGCUAUUCAGGGCAUGCUGUCUAUGGCAGCGUUGCACUAUUCCACGUGUUUACAAAGGCAGAUACAAAGCACAGACUGCGGUGGUGAAAGACACUCUCUCCAGGAUCCCAGCAGCUGUCGCAGCAGUAACCAUGAGGUUAGGCAGCUGUAUCGCUGUGAUAAGCCAGUGGAAAGUGGGUAUCAUGUCAAGACUGAAGAUCAAGACUUGAGGAGUUCUUCCUGGAUUAAACAAUUUGAUACAACUUCCAGAUUUAAUCGUCAGGAUCUAAGUAGAGGCCAGAAAUGCAUCAGAAAGGAAGUUUCAUCAGAAAUCAGUCAGAAGGUACAAAGUAGGAAUUUUGUGGACAGCAGUGGCUCAAGCCCUCAGAAUGGAAAGUAUAUGCAGAGUUCAAGCUUGAUGUCAGGGGCAUGCCAGAUGAGUAAUGGCAGUGUAAGCCCAGAAAGGCCUGUUGGUGAAACUUCCUUUUCAGUGCCCCUUCACCCCACCAAGAGACCUGCAUCAAAUCCGCCACCUAUCAGCAACCAGGCAACAAAAGGUAAACGUCCAAAAAAAGGAAUGGCAACAGCCAAACAACGUCUUGGGAAGAUCCUUAAAUUGAACAGAAAUGGCCACGCACGUUUCUUUGUGUGACGGAGCUGCGGUUGUGGUCACUCUUCCUUUCGGAGACCGGUCUCGGGGUACGGGAGCCUGGAGCUUCCGCGCGCCCCCGCUGAAGCAGUUUGCAUGUACCGUAGGGAACACUGCCUGAAGAACAAAAUGAACCUGAUGCUGCAUUUUCACUGUGCCACACCCACUCAGCAAUAACCAUUUUGGACCUGGUGGGGAGAGGAAGAAGGAGGGUAGAACCUUAAAAAGAGACCUUGAACUGGAAAGGGUCUCUUGUCAGGGCUUGAAUUCCAUUUUGUUGUUGGUAGUGUUUUGAUUUGUUUUCUGUGGUAGGGUAAAGAAUUAUCAAUAAUUUAUUUAACAGAUUUUUUUUUAAAGUUAACAGCUUUUAAAUUCUUUCUUUUUUAAAGCUAUUUAUUUGGAAGAUUUCUGGAGAAAUAUCUCACUAAUUUAGAUUUAAGAAUGUGAAGGUUUUUAAAUUAUUUUUGAUAGUGUGUGUGUUACAUGUGGGGAAGAGCCACGGUAACAGUAACUAGUCUGGACUCUUAAAUUUGCUAUUCAGGUUAAAGUCUUAAACAGGGAUUUGAUGCAUUAAUUAUUUUAAAUUAAGAUGUAUAUGAAAAUCAUUUUAUUUUAUAUAAUUCAUGUGUUUUUUAUAAGCUAUUAGCUUCGCUUUUGCUAACAUCCAAGGUGCAUACUGUUAUCCAGGUCGAUUACCUAUAUCCCACCUUCCCUCUGCACUCCCCAUCAUUUCAUAACGACACAAGACUCUUCUCUUUGCAGGGAAAUACUUUCAUAGCCAAUGUGUAAGAACUACAUAGAAGACCCCACGUGUCUCAUUUCAUUUGACAUUGCAGUUUUCUUCUAAAUAGAACAAUAGGCUUCUUGCAUUUUCAUUUUUUGCUGAUGAUAUCUGGGUCCCAAAGAGUACAGCUUUAAUAUCUUUUCCCUACUCGUGGGAAAAGUAUUAUAAGUUUGGUUAAAUUGUCAUGUUUGUAGUUUUUCAAAUACAUUUGUAACUACAGAGGGCCUUCUUCAUACUACUGGUAUUGGAGGGCAGGACCAACACCUGCCACAGAGGUUAUAUUUUAUGACGCUUUUAUUCUGUAUACCUAAUUUGUUGGAAAAUAUGAAAUAUGGUUUGACUUAGAAUAUUCAAAUCUGCAUAAUAAGCCGUAAUAUAAUAAGACUAUACUAUAUUAAGUUGUAUAGAAGCAAGCAUGUUGGAGUAGAUGAUUUGGGUGUGUGUGUGUGUGUGUGUGUGUGUGUGUGUGUGUGUGUGUGUGUUUAGUUUUUUAUUUCUUAACCUUCUAAAGAAUUAUUUAAGAUACGGAUUUGGAGUAAAAUGGGUGCUUUUUGCAGUUUCUUCCGUCUAUCCUAACUUAACCAGUGCAUAGGGAGGUUAAGUAUCUGGUUGAGCUUUAAGGAAUCAUUUCUCUCCUUUGUGCACAACUUUUACUAAGUGCCAGUUUUCAGUUGCUUGCAAUAGCUUAUAUUUUCCUUUUCUGUCCCCCGUGACAUAAAAACAAGUGAUUUCUGCGGGGGGGCUGGGGUGGGGUGGGGCGGUGGAGAUAUUCCCAGUUCUGACAAUAGAGCAUUUUACAAGUUCCUACAAAGAAAAUAUAGGCAAAUUGGAUAAAAUUUAUUUUUAUGGAGAAGAAAUACGGCCAUAUUAUGGGUUUGUCUUUUUUUUUUUUUUACUCAGCAAGGUAGCAGGACUUUCCCUUCUGUAUUAAAGAGCUAAGAAAAAAAAAAAGUCUAUACCAUUAUCUUUCAUGGUCACAUUCAAAUGUGUAUUUUCAAAGAGAAAUAUUUCUUACUCUGCCUCCGUUCCAAUAUUUCAUGGAAUAUAUAUGAAAUAUCUUAAAAAUGAGCCUUUCUGGUUCAAGUGACUGGACCACUGUCUGGGUCUUAUCUGGGUGUCAGGGAGAAGAAUUUUUAUGGGAGUACUAAAUGUCUAUAAUAGGCCUACUUAAACUCUGUACGCUAUGCCAAAACUAGGUAGAGAUAGGUACAGUCAGUCAUUUGUUGGUCAUCAGAGCUCAAGACGUCAAAAAUGUGGGUCUGCCUGUUUCUCCCACCUUCCCCACACAAUAUAUUACUGUGAUGUUUUGGUUUUCUGUAGACACCAUUUUAGUGUUAAAAUACACAUGUUUUGGUGUCAGUUUAAGCAUUGAGAAUUAUAAUUUCUUUUUCCAGCUA